AUGGGACGUAAACUACCGCCACCACCUCCACCUCCAGGUGGAUUACCAAAAAAUGGAAAUAGCGCGGCAAAGAGAAGACAUCUUGUACCACCGCCACCGCCGCCGCCGCCAACACCACCUGCUUCAUCUAAAGACAAAGUGUUGCCAAAAACGCACAAGACUACAUCGAGGCAAGAUCCGCCACCACCACCACCUCCUCCUGCAAAACCAUCAUCAUCAUCAUCAUCAUCAUCAUCAUCAUCAUCAUCAUCAUCACUACCACCGCCUCCGCCGCCACCAUUAAUAUCUACUACUGCGGAUCUAUCGAGAACAAACACAGCUAUAUCAUCCCACUUGGAACCGACUGAGAAUGAAUUAGGGAAUAAAAAACGGACUUGGGUUCAAAUGCAGAAAAGGAGGAACAGCAAUUCCAUGAAAGAUACUGGAGGAGCACUAAUUGCUGGCCCGAAGCCAGAAAUGCCGCCUCAACAUUUGCGUAAAAUCAUGAUUGAUCAUGCAGAUUUGAGUCUGCGAAAUGUCAAUGCAGACAAACGAUCGCACUUGGGGGCAUUAAAGUACUUACCACAUGCAUUGCUAAAGUUGUUGGAGAACAUGCCCCAACCCUGGGAAGAAUCCAAAGAGGUCAAAGUGUUGUAUCAUCGAACAGGUGCAAUUACAUUUGUGAACGAAAUUCCGAGGGUAAUAGAACCUGUAUACAUUGCUCAAUGGGCAGCCACUUGGAACAUGAUGAGAAGAGAAAAGCGAGAUCGAAAGCACUUCAAACGUAUGAGGUUCCCACCUUUGGACGACGAAGAACCUUUCUUGGACUGGACGCAAAAUUUUGAAGACGUCGAGCCUCCAUCUGCUAUAAAGUCAGGUCAGAUUGAACAGAUGGACGAUUUACAGGAUUGGUUCUAUGACGAAAAACCAUUGGUAGAUGAUACUGACGUGGUAAAUGGCGAUUCAUACCGAUCUUGGAAUCUUGAUGCCACUACUAUGGAUAAAUUGUACAAUAUCUCCAAACCAUUGUUGACAAAUUCUGAUCACCCAUUCGAUACAAAAGAGCUAUUCACGGCGAAAAGUUUAAAUGUGUCCAUACCCGGUGGCCCCAAGUUUGAACCUUUGUUUAGGGAGAGCGUCGUUAAUCCGGAAUAUGAAGAUUUCACCGAGUUCAAUUCUCUUGAUAGAAUAAUAAUCAGAGGUCCUAUUCAAACAGAAUAUAAAGUUGAUUUUCCUUAUUUGUAUAACUCGUUUGUGAAGAAAAUCACACUUGCUCCAAUACGUCCAAACAUGGAUUGUCUGGAAGGCUCGACUCAACAGGAAAGCUCCAAUGGACUAUCAGCAUUUACAUUCAACACCAUAUAUAAUCCCGUGACGAAAAGGAGACUGGAUAAGAAAAUAGUGGAAAAUUUACGUGUGGACGUAAAGCCAUUUUUUCAUGCUUCAUCUCAGACCUCACCUUCGCUAUCAGAGCCACAAAACCUCAAUGCUUCUCUUGAUUUAUUGUCUGCACCAUAUCCUUUCAACAUACGCAGUGGCAGAACCAGGAGAGCAGAAGAUGUUGCCAUAACCAAAGCGUGGUACAAUCACCGAGCUCCAAGAUCCAGUCCGCUUAAAGUGAGAGUUUCUUAUCAAAAAUUGUUGAAAAACCAUGUGCUGAAUGAACUUAAAAGUGCCAAGAAUAAGAAAGUUAGGGCCUCCAAAAAGGUGAAUCUUUUUAAGAGUUUGCGUAAUACGAAAUAUUUCCAAGAAACACGCAUUGACUGGGUCGAAGCUGGUUUGCAAGUUUGUCGCCAAGGAUUUAACAUGUUGAACUUGUUAAUACACAAGCGUGGAUUGACUUAUUUGCAUUUAGACUAUAAUUUCAAUUUGAAACCUACCAAAACCUUGACUACCAAGGAAAGGAAGAAGUCAAGAUUUGGUAACGCAUUCCACUUGAUUAGAGAGUUACUAAGAGCCAUUAAGAUUAUUGUUGACUGUCAUAUACAAUUUCGAUUAGGAAACGUGGACGCAUAUCAGUUGGCUGAUGGAAUCUAUUACGUAUUAAACCAUUUGGGUCAUUUAACUGGAAUCUAUCGAUACAAGUAUAAAGUUAUGCAUCAAAUUCGACAGUGCAAGGAUUUCAAACAUAUCGUCUACCACAGAUUUAACAAGCUAAUUGGAAAGGGACCGGGGUGUGGAUUUUGGCAACCCGCUUGGAAAGUAUGGAUAUUCUUUUUGAGAGGAACAAUUCCUUUGUUAGAGAGAUGGCUUGGGAACUUAAUCGCUAGGCAAUUUGAAGGCAGGAGACAAAAUGAUGUUGCCAAAACAAUUACAAAGCAGCGAGUUGAUUCCUACUACGAUUUGGAGUUGAGGGCACAAGUGAUGCAUGAUAUCUUGGACAUGAUUCCGGAAGGAUUGAAACAGAGUAAAUCGAAAACCAUACUCCAACACUUGAGCGAAGCUUGGCGUUGUUGGAAAGCCAAUAUACCCUGGAAAGUUCCUGGAUUGCCUGAGCCAAUUGAGAAAAUUAUUGAAAGGUAUGUUAAAGCGAAAGCAGAUGGCUGGAUUUCUGUUGCGCAUUACAACCGAGAACGUAUUAGAAAGGGAACACACGUUGAAAAGACCGUUGCCAAGAAGAAUUUGGGCCGAUUGACGAGGUUAUGGAUAAAGAAUGAGCUGGAAAGACAGGCCGAGUUUGGAAAGGAUGGACCUUAUGUCUCUCCCGACGAAGCCAUACACGUUUUUCAAACCACAGUUAGUUGGUUAGAAAGUAGGAAAUUCAGUCCCAUACCAUUCCCACCGAUUUCGUACAAACAUGACACAAAAUUGUUGACUUUGGCUUUGGAAAAUUUGAAAGCAAAUUUCAAUGCCAAUGCCAAGUUGAAUUCGGCACAAAGGGAGGAGCUAGCAUUAAUCGAAGAGGCAUAUGACAACCCCCACGAAUGCUUAGCGCGAGUGAAGAAGCACUUACUCACACAGAGAAUCUUUAAAGAGGUUGGAUUGGAAAUGAUGGACUUUUAUAGUCACUUGGUACCGGCAUACUCUAUCGACCCACUUGAGAAAAUCACUGACGCGUAUUUGGAUCAAUAUUUAUGGUACGAAGCAGAUAAACGAAAGUUAUUUCCAAACUGGGUCAAGCCUGCCGACGAUGAGAUACCCCCAUUGAUGGUUUACAAAUGGUGCCAAGGUAUCAAUAAUUUGCAAAAUGUUUGGAAAACCUCUGAAGGUGAAUGCAAUGUGAUGUUGGAAACAAAAUUGUCUAAAUUUUCCGACAAGAUAGACUUUACCUUGGUGAAUAGGCUUUUGAGAUUGGUUAUGGAUACUAACAUUGCCGACUACAUCACGGCAAAGAAUAACGUUAAUCUCACCUAUAAAGAUAUGAACUAUGUCAAUCAAUAUGGGAUUAUCCGAGGCCUCCAAUUUUCAUCGUUUGUGUAUCAGUUUUACGGAUUAAUUGUGGAUUUACUUAUUCUCGGGUUAGAUAGGGCAACAGAGUUAGCUGGGCCACCGCAGAAUCCAAACAGUUUUCUCCAGUUUAAGGAUAUUACAACUCAAUGUGCGUCUCCCAUCAGGUUGUAUUCGCGUUAUAUGGAUAAGAUUCACAUUUUCUUCCGGUUUGAUAAUGAUGAGGCUGAUGAGUUGGUAGACGACUUUUUGGAGCAAAAUCCGGACCCAAAUUAUUCAAAUGUUGUGGGGUACAACAAUCAUCGCUGUUGGCCAAAAGAUGCGCGAAUGAGGUUGAUAAGACACGAUGUGAAUCUCGGCAAAGCAACGUUUUGGGAAAUCAAAUCACGAAUUCCAAAAUCACUCACCACUAUUGAAUGGGAGGAUACUUUUUGUUCAGUGUACUCUCGCGAUAACCCUAAUUUGUUGUUUGAGAUGUGUGGAUUUGAGGUUCGAAUAUUGCCCAAGAUACGUGCUAAGGAAUCGACAUCAUCGCAAGAAAAUGUCUGGGACUUGGUGGAUCAAACAUCUAAAGAAAGAACUGCAAAAGCGUACUUGCAAGUUUCACAGGAGGCUACCGACAACUUCAACAAUAGGAUCAGACAAAUUUUAAUGUCAUCAGGUUCGACAACAUUUACCAAAGUUGCUGCCAAGUGGAACACGGCCUUGAUUGCGUUGGUUACUUAUUUUAGAGAGGCAGCCAUUGCUACCCCGUCUUUAUUGGAAGUGUUGAUAAAAUGCGAAACAAAGAUACAGAAUCGAGUCAAAAUGGGAUUGAAUUCAAAAAUGCCCACAAGAUUCCCACCAGCUGUGUUUUACACUCCAAAGGAAUUAGGUGGAUUAGGGAUGCUUAGUGCCUCUCAUGUUCUUAUACCCGAGUCAGAUUUAAGGUGGUCAAAGCAAACUGAUACAGGAAUCACUCAUUUUAAGGCUGGUAUGUCUCAUCAAGAGCAAAAGAUGAUACCUACUAUAUUCAGGUAUGUCACAACCUGGGAGAAUGAAUUUUUGGAUUCACAGCGAGUGUGGGCAGAAUAUGCAAUCAAACGAGAAGAGGCACUCCAACAAAACCGCCGGUUGACAUUUGAGGAUAUGGAAGGAAAUUGGGAUAGAGGUAUUCCCAGAAUAAGUACGUUAUUUCAAAAGGAUAGGCAUACUUUGGCAUAUGAUAAAGGUCACCGAGUUCGUAGAGAAUUUAAGCAUUCCAGCACUGGUCGGUUUAACCCAUUUGCUUGGACAAACAGUCACCAUGACGGAAAAUUGUGGAAUCUCAAUGCGUAUAGGACUGAUGUUAUUCAAGCUUUGGGAGGAAUUGAGACCAUUUUGGAGCACACUUUGUUCAAAGGUACUGGGUUUGAUUCCUGGGAAGGUUUGUUUUGGGAAAAAGCAUCCGGGUUUGAGGAUUCAUUGAAGUUCAAGAAAUUGACCAAUGCUCAAAGAUCGGGGUUGAGUCAAAUUCCAAACCGUCGUUUUACACUUUGGUGGUCACCAACUAUCAACAGAGCCAAUGUUUAUGUUGGGUUCUUGGUUCAAUUAGAUUUGACUGGUAUUUUCCUUCAUGGUAAGAUUCCUACUUUGAAAAUUUCAUUGAUUCAAAUAUUCCGCGCCCAUCUUUGGCAGAAGAUACAUGAGAGCGUUGUCCAGGAUUUAUGUCAAGUUCUCGACAAGGAGUUGGAGGUUUUGCAGAUUGACAACGUGGAGAAGCAAGCAAUACACCCGCGGAAGUCAUAUAGGAUGAAUUCAUCAACUGCUGAUAUUGUGCUUACAAGCACUUACAAGUGGAACGUUUCGAAACCGUCACUUCUUAACGACAAGAACGACGAGAUGAUAUUACCUGCCAAGAAGUUUUGGAUCGAUGUCCAGCUUCGAUAUGGUGACUAUGACUCGCAUGAUAUUUCCAGAUAUGCGAGAUCAAAAUACCUUGAUUACACUACGGACGGAACAAGCUCAUACCCUUCGCCUACUGGUAUUAUAAUUGCCAUAGAUUUGGCGUACAAUAUGUAUGACGUUUAUGGUAAUUGGUUUCCCGGAUUGAAACCGUUGAUCCACAAUGCCAUGAGAGAAGUUAUGAAGGCAAACCCGGCAUUGUAUGUGUUGAGAGAAAGGAUUAGAAAGGGUUUACAGUUGUAUCAUGCCCAACCGCAGGAGGCAUUUUUGAACUCUAACAACUAUGCAGAGUUAUUCAACAACGAGACUCAGUUGUUUAUUGACGAUACAAAUGUAUACAGGGUAACAGUUCACAAGACAUUUGAAGGUAACCUUGCAACAAAACCAAUCAAUGGGUGUGUAUUUAUUUUAAACCCAAAGACUGGACAAUUGUAUUUGAGGAUUAUUCACACAUCUGUUUGGGCAGGCCAAAAGCGGUUGAGUCAACUUGCUAAAUGGAAAGCGGCAGAGGAGGUGACUGCUUUGAUCAAAUCACUUCCUAGAGAAGAGCAACCUAAGCAACUUAUCAUUUCAAGAAAAGGAAUGAUGGACCCGCUCGAGGUGCACAUGUUGGAUUUCCCAAACAUUUCAAUCCGCCCUUCAGAGUUGCAUUUGCCAUUUGCUUCAGCGAUGAAAAUCGACAAGUUGUCAGAUAUCGUGUUGAAAGCCAAUGAACCUCAGAUGGUGCUUUUCAAUUUUUAUGACGACUGGCUAACGAGGAUUUCCCCUUAUACUGCUUUUUCUCGAGUGAUUUUGAUAUUGAGGGCAUUGGGAUUCGAUUCCGAAGGUACCAAACAAAUCAUAUGGCCAAACAGUGAUGUGAUAACAGAGAGCCACCAUAUUUGGCCGUCUUUGACUGAUGAACAGUGGAUUGAAGUUGAAAGUAAACUAAGGGAUUUGAUUCUCGAGGAGUAUUCUAAAAAAUACAAUUUGGAUGUGCAAUCGUUGACUCAAUCCGAAAUUAGAGAUUUAAUUUUGGGUCAAGAUGUGAGAAUGUCCAGCAUUAGACGUCAGGAGAUUGCCGAAAUUGAAAAGAGUGGUGGACAGGUUGAAAACAAGGAAAUUACAGCUCAAAAGUCCACGUCAACUAAUAUACACGGAGAACAAAUUGUUACCGUGACUACAACCAAUUAUGAGCAGGCUACUUUCUCAUCAAGAAAUGAAUGGAGAAACCGAGCAUUAGCGGCCAACAACCUACACUUGAGAGCAAAGAAUAUAUAUGUCACCUCGGAGGAGUUUGUUGAAGACGAUUCCUAUACCUACGUCAUGCCGAAGAACAUUUUGCAAAAAUUCAUCCAAGUUUCAGAUUUGCGAAUUCAAGUUGGUGCAUUCUUGUACGGAAAGUCACCCGAGGGCCAUUCAGAAGUGAAAGAAAUCAAAUGCUUAGUGUUUGUACCUCAGUUGGGAAGUACCAAUUCCAUUCAAUUUCCCAAAACUCAACCUGAAUAUGAAGGUUAUUUAAAAGAAGAAGGAUUAGAAUUGUUAGGUUGGAUUCACAGUCAAUCGCAAGACUUUGACUACAUGACUUCUUAUGAUGUCACUACCCAAGCCAGAAUGUUGAAGCAUUACGACCCCAGGUUUAUUGACAUGACCGCUUCGUAUACACCAGGAUCUGUGACACUUUCAGCAUUUGAGUUAUCUGAAAGGGGGUUUGAGUGGGGUAAAUUGAAUAACGAUAUGAUGUCUGAUUCGCCAGAAGGAUAUGAAAAGCUGUUUUCUAAAAAGAGUCAAUUGAUCAUGUCUGAUAAAGUUGUUGGAACAUAUAUGGUUCCGGAAGAUGAAAUUUGGAAUUACUUUUUUAUGGGUGCAAUUUUCAACGCAAAUGAUUUGUUCAACUUAAAAGUCGACGUCCCUUUACCCUUCUAUGAUGCUGUACACCGGCCAAUACAUUUUACAAACUUUGCCCAGUUGGAAGUUGGAAAUGAAGAAGAAGCAAAUCAAGAAGAUGUAUUUAGUUAA